AAAACUAAACAUGUAGUAUAGUGGGAGAAGAUGGGACAUCUUUUUAUUCUAUUUUCUCGUCCCAUUUGGUAGUAAACAAAGAACAUUCACAGAAUUAUAAAACCGUAUUCUCACGGUCCCCAUACACUGUUGUUAAUUGUUUAAAACACGAUCAUGUUACGGAUAUUACAUACUAAAGGUGUCCCAUCUUUCCCACCCUACAAUAUGAUAUAAACAAUUAACAUUUCUUAUCAUGUUUUUAUACAUUUUUUAAUUAAAAGCCUUGAUCUUUUUAGUUUUUACAUAAGCGUUAUUUAGUAACAUUUCAUAUAUUGGUGCAUUAUUACAUGUUAUUUACAUAGUAUUUGUGCAAUUGUAAAGUAAACAUAUGUGUUGCAAUAUUUACAAUAUACCUUUUUUCAUUAAAAGUCACUGAUGUGUCAUUCUAAGUCGUAUCUACACAUCUUGCUUUGUUUACCUUUUGUACUUAAGUCGAACAGACAAAAAACUUGAUUUGUGCAGUUUUAAAAUGAACAUGUAAUAUGUAUUGCAAUAUUUACAUAUUUAUAUAAUAUAUUAUAUGUAUAAUAUACCCCCUUUUAUUAAAAGUCACUUCUGUGUUAUUUCAUUUUCAAGUCAUAUAUGCACAGCUUGCUUUGUUAACUUAAGUCAAACAGUUGAAAUACCUAGUUUUUGCAAUAAAGUCAGCAUAUGUAUUUACAUUCAUGUUACUGUAAUGCAGAAAAUUGACAAUGUCAGCAUAGAAUUACUUUUGUUUUUUGCUACUUAAACAAUGAAUACUGAACAAAAUUCUGCAAAUACUACAAACAAUAAUGAUGAACCUAACCAGGCAGAAACUGCUGAACCUGCACAAGAAAACAGUAAGGAUACAAUUGAAUUGGAGGUUGAAGAGUCUGCUCCUCCUGAAGAAAAUAAGGAUGAGCAGUUGGAUCUCCCGGAGGGGAUCACCGUAGGUCCUCCACCUCAUGUGUUCGGACAGUUUGGGAGCGGAGACCCUCGCUUGAUCAUAACCCACAUUGUUAAUUACAACUUUAAGUCGUAUGCAGGCAAGAGGGUACUUGGUCCUUUUCACAAGAGCUUCACAGCCAUCAUUGGACCAAACGGAAGUGGAAAAUCGAACGUAAUAGAUUCCAUGCUUUUCGUUUUCGGUUACCGGGCCAACAAGAUUCGAUCCAAAAAACUAUCUGUCCUCAUACAUGACAGCGAGAAUCAUAAAGAAGCAACUUCUUGUACAGUGGAAGUUCAUUUUGAGAAGAUUGUUGACGUGGAUGAAUCUGGUUACUGCUCAGUGCCGAACAGCGGGUUCUCCGUUUCCAGGACUGCCAGGAAGGACAACACGUCCCAAUACUUCAUCAACGAUCGACGUGUUAUGUUUAAGGAAGUGGCAACACUGCUACAGGACAGUGGAAUCGACCUUAACCAUAACCGGUUCCUUAUUCUUCAGGGUGAAGUGGAACAGAUAGCCAUGAUGACACCUAAAGCGUUAACUGCACACGGUGACGGUAUGCUGGAAUAUUUGGAAGAUAUUAUUGGCUCAUCUAGAUAUAAAGAGGCAAUUGAACAACUGCAUAAAGAGAUAGAAGUUCUAGACGAGGAACGAAAGGACAAAUUAUCCCGUGUUAAAGUGGUUGAAAAGGACAAAGAUCAACUCGAACCGAUUCGAAACGAGGCGCUGGAUUUUCUGAGAAAGAAAAACGAACGGACCGGGCUUGAAAACAUGCAGAUACAGUGUUACAUGAAUAAUUUGUCAAGAGAAAACGAACACAGCAAAGCAAAAAUCGAUGAAAUUUUGGCGAAAGUUUCCGAAUUUGAAGAAGGGUUUAGAAGCGUUAAAGAGGAAAAGAAAGAAAAAGCAAAAGAAUGCGCCAAAGCUGCGAAGGCAAAAGAAAGGGUUGCCGCCACGCUCGUGGAAAAACGGGACGAAAUGAGAGCCUUGGAAAAAAGAAACGUAAAAGUUUUCGAAGACCGUAAGCAUAGGAAAGGGAAGAUAAAGGAACUUACUAAGAAAUUGGAAAAAGAAAAGAAAAAAAUCUCAGAUCUUGAAACUCUUCCCGAAAAGCACGAAAACGAGAUCCUGGAGCUCACGGAGGAGAGGGAGGAGCUUGAGAAGAGGAAGAGAGAGAUUGAGGAGUCACUUAAAGAGGCGAUGCAUGAUCUGAAAGAAGAAACUCAGCAACUGCAAGAUCAGAAAGAGUCGAAUAAUUUGUCAAGAGAAAACGAACACAGCAAAGCAAAAAUCGAUGAAAUUUUGGCGAAAGUUUCCGAAUUUGAAGAAGGGUUUAGAAGCGUUAAAGAGGAAAAGAAAGAAAAAGCAAAAGAAUGCGCCAAAGCUGCGAAGGCAAAAGAAAGGGUUGCCGCCACGCUCGUUGGAAAACGAGACGAAAUGAGAGCCUUGGAAAAAAGAAACGUAAAAGUUUUCGAAGACCGUAAGCAUAGGAAAGGGAAGAUAAAGGAACUUACUAAGAAAUUGGAAAAAGAAAAGAAAAAAAUCUCAGAUCUUGAAACUCUUCCCGAAAAGCACGAAAACGAGAUCCUGGAGCUCACGGAGGAGAGGGAGGAGCUUGAGAAGAGGAAGAGAGAGAUUGAGGAGUCACUUAAAGAGGCGAUGCAUGAUCUGAAAGAAGAAACUCAGCAACUGCAAGAUCAGAAAGAGGAACAAGAAAAACUUUUACUUGGCGAAGUUAAAUACGUGAACGAGGCUAAACAGCAGUUAGACCUUGCCUCAACUGAGCUCGGUCUUUUCGCCACGAAACUCACCAACGCCGAGAACGCUGUAGCUCGGUGUCAGUCCAGGAUGCAAGAAGCAAGUGAUGCCGAAAAGACCGCGAAACGAAAACUUGCCGAACUGCAAGCCAAGGGGUCAAUUGAUUUGGAAAAAGAAGUGAAAUCGUUGGAGCAAGAGGUUGAAGCUUUGAUCCCAGAGGAGCGGAAGUUGGAAUCAAAAGUCCAGGAGUCCACCUCCACCCUUAUGGAAGCAAGACAUAGCGCCCAAGCUAACCGCUCCCGUGGAAAAGUCAUUAACUUUCUAAUGCAGCUGAAAAACACGGGCAAAGUACCUGGGAUUUACGGACGAUUGGGCGAUCUUGGUGCUAUAGACACCCGGUAUGACGUGGCUAUUUCAUCAUGUUGCCCGGCCCUGGAGAACGUACUGGUCGACUCCAUAGAGACGGCACGUGACUGCGUGGAGCAACUGAAGCGGAACGAUGUCGGGCAAGCGACUUUUAUCGCUCUUGACAAGAUGCAAAAACACGAGCACGCGCUCAACAACGUGCCCAACACCGCCCUCCCGCGGUUGGUAGAUUUAAUCCAAGUGAAGGAGAAGAAAUACCAUGUCGCAUUUUACCACGCACUGCGCGACACACUUGUGGCUGAGGAAUUAAACGUGGCAUCGAAGGUCGCUUAUGAUAAAAAGCGACGAUGGAGAGUCGUAACUUUGCAGGGAGAACUCAUAGACACCUCGGGUACCAUGUCCGGUGGGGGUAACAGGGUAAGCAGGGGUCGUAUGGGGUCAAAUAUCUGCAACGAAUCGACCCCUGCCGAGAUCGACGCCAUGGAAAAAAAGAAAAAUAAUUUCGAGCAAAAAUACGAGCAGGUUCGCGAAAGACGUGUGCAGUGCGAACAGGAACUCGCGGAAAAGCGCGAAGUAUUGCGCAAUACUGUUACGCAGACCAAACUGCUUCAGCACGAUUCGAAAAAUCAACACGAUGUAGUCGCUGAAAUGAAACGGUUGAUGCCGCAACUUGAACGUGAACUGAACGCAGCGCAACCGGACCCAGUGCAGCAUAAAGCGCUACAGAAUAAAGUGAAGCAGUUGACAAAAGCUUACGAUGCAGCUUCAACGAAGACAGAAUCAAUUGAAAAGAAGAAAAACGAACUAAAUUCUGAGAUCUCUCGCAUCCAGGACACAAAACUUUCUCCUCUUCGAGAAAAGCUGAAGUCCGCAAAGACAACUUUGGAAGAAAUAUCGAAAAAAAUCACAAAACUUAAAGUAGCAGUUACCACUGCAAAAAGAAACUAUGUUAAAUGCGAAAAGAGCAUUGAGAACACACAGAGCCCGAAGCUAGAGGGCGACUCUUUGGAAACCUGNUUGGCAAGUUAGAAGGAAUGGAAGACUUUAGAAGUGGAUGGAGCUGCUGUGUUGCAGGCUCUCGGGGAGGCAGAGGAAGAAUCCUCCAAAUUGAGAGAUGCUCUUCAGGAGCAGCAGGAGCAACUGAAGAAGAUGGAGAAGAAAGAGGCGAGUGUCGCUGAGGCUUACAAGGAGAUGAAACAAAACCAGGAAGCUUUGUGUGCAGGAACCAACACCAGGAACGAGAAGAUUGAACAACAAAAAGGAUUGCUUGGUAAAUUGAAGCUUCACAAGAUUGAUGGAGAAGAAACUCUUCCUCUUCCCUCCUAUCCUCCCGAGGAGCUGGAUGGGGUGGUUUUAGAUGAACUUAGAAACAAGAUUACCCUGCUAGAUAUUGAAACCGAGAAAUUACAUCCGAAUAUGAACGCGAUAGAAGAAUUUAAAGCAAAACAACAAGUUUACUUACAACGUGUGGGGGAAUUAGACCAAGUUACUGGCAAGAGGGAUAAGUACAGAGGAAUGUAUGAUAACUUGAGAAAACGACGUUUGAAUGAAUUUUGCGACGGAUUUGUCGUCAUCACAAAUAAGCUGAAAGAAAUUUACCAAAUGAUCACGCUAGGUGGCGACGCGGAGCUCGAGUUCGUAGAUUCCUUGGACCCGUUCUCUGAAGGAAUUAAUUUCAGUGUGCGACCGCCGAAAAAAUCGUGGAAAACGAUCAGACAUCUUUCUGGCGGUGAAAAGACGUUAAGUUCACUAGCUUUAGUAUUCGCUCUGCACUACUACAGGCCUACGCCACUAUACGUGAUGGACGAAAUAGACGCUGCUUUGGAUUUCAAAAACGUUACCAUUAUAGCGCAUUACAUUAAGCAACGAACGCGUAACGCCCAGUUCAUAAUCAUCAGCUUAAGAAACAACAUGUUCGAAAUUGCUGAUCGUUUGGUCGGUAUUUACAAAACGGACAACUGUACGAAAAGUGCGACGAUCGAGCCUGGUCUUAUUGCUGCUACUGCUAGUUCUCCUGCCUGAAAAUUACGGCCAAAACACAGAUUGUACAGUUUUAUAUGUACGUAGAAUUUUAGGCCAUUUUUGUUGAAAAAAAAGUGUAGCAUUUUCUACAAGACGAAAAUUCCCCGAUUUCUACACGCCAAGGAUUUCUAGUGUAUAGUUCCUCUAUGAAGACGCUUUGUUCAUGGUUCUGUGUUUAUUUUUGGCCCUUAAUACUACGCCUUCAGAUACACAACGAACAAAAUGUUACCACACUGCCCAGAAGGAAGUAAAUUGUCCUGACACUGCCAUACUUUGACCACGAAAGCUCUAGUGUCAUUUUAUCAAUGGAAAAUCAAGCAUCAAGCUACACACUGCCAAAAAAAUCGUACAUACUGCCUAAUGAUGAAGAAUUACAUUUUCCACUUAUUCUAUACGAA